UGGAGGAGGAGGAGGCGCGUCCAGGCCCUCUGCUGGAGGAGGAGGCGCGUCCAAGCCCUCUCCUGGAGGAGGAGGAGGGGCGCCCAAGCCCUCUGCUGGAGGAGGAGGAGGCGCGUCCAGGCCCUCGGCUGGAGGAGGAGGAGGGGGGCGUCCAGGCCCUCGGCUGGAGGAGGAGGAGGAGGCGCGUCCAGGCCCUCUGCUGGAGGAGGAGGAGGAGGCGCGUCCAGGCCCUCGGCUGGAGGAGGAGGAGGAGGCGCGUCCAGGCCCUCUGCUGGAGGAGGAGGAGCGUCCAGGCCCUCGGCUGGAGGAGGAGGAGGCGCGUCCAGGCCCUCUGCUGGAGGAGGAGGCGCGUCCAGGCCCUCUGCUGGAGGAGGAGGCGCGUCCAGGCCCUCGGCUGGAGGAGGAGGCGCGUCCAGGCCCUCGGCUGGAGGAGGAGGAGGCGCGUCCAGGCCCUCGGCUGGAGGAGGAGGAGGCGCGUCCAGGCCCUCGGCUGGAGGAGGAGGAGGCGCGUCCAGGCCCUCGGCUGGAGGAGGAGGAGGCGCGUCCAGGCCCUCGGCUGGAGGAGGAGGAGGCGCGUCCAGACCCUCUAAAGGAGCCUAAAGUGUCUCCAUCAGGUGUUGAACUGGCGCAGGAGAUUCAGGUGACCGUUACCCUGACGGAGGGCCGGGAGUCUCCACAGAGGUCUGGAACUCUAGCGGACGUGUCACUGCUCGCCUCCCAGAGUCCCGCCUCACCCGUGGACGAUUUCCAACAGGAACUGGAAAUAUCAGACUCUUUACAAACAGAUAAAGGUGUGGCGCCCGAGGAGGCUUUGCCCUGCGAUGUAGAGGGGGAGGAGACCAAAUCCGAGGACUCAAAAACUACUUUAGCUACGCCCACCAAAGAAAUAUCUCAUGAGCUUUUGGAGGAGACUACUGAAGAGGCUCCUGUGGAGGAGGAGGAGCCUAUGGAAGUAGCACCUGUAGAAACAAAGCUUUUGGAAUUGGCUGCAAUGGAGACUACUGUUGAGCAGAAUGUUAUGGAACCCAUGCAGGAGGUGCAGGAUGCAGUUGCAGAAAAGGAGGUUGAGGAGAAGUUGCAGGGGUUGGAGGAUGAGGAGUUGCCUCCAAUUGUUUUGGACGAGGGGGAAGUGUUGCUUCCAAAUGUAUUGCCCAUUGCAGAAGACACAAUCAGAGAAAAUGAGCUUAGUCCCAUGGCUGAACUUCCUGAAAUGGAGAGCCCCGUAGACAUGGAUACUACAGAAGAAAUGUAUAUCAUGCCCGCCAGCAACCGCAGCCUCUCGGACUUCAGCUCACCGAGUAGAGAGGACAAAGCCCCAAAGGCUUCCCCUGAAAUGUCCCCUGAGCUCUCGCUCAUGCCAGUCCAGCCCCUCUUCCCUACAGAGUCCUUCCCCAGGGAGGCCAGCCCUCCUUGGGUUCAGGUCCAAAUCCAGGCCCAGGCUGCUCCACCACAGACACAACCUCAUUCUGGAUAUAGUGCUUGUGUGCCUCCCACCACCACAACCUUUUUCACCCUAACUCCCAAGAUUGGCAUGGGGAAGCCUGCCAUCUCCAAGAGGAAGUUCUCCCCUGGGAGACCAAGGGUGAAGCAGGGUCGUGGUUCGGGCUUCCCUGGAAGGCGGAGGCCCCGCGGGGCCAACCUAUCUGGGCGCGGGGGUCGCGGACGCUCUCGAGGACUCAAAGCCGACACCUCCCUCGCCAUGACCCCUGGGGCCAGCAUUGUGGAGCAGCCGUACAUGGUGAAAGAAGAGGAGGAGAAUGCCAUGCACAACACUGUGGUCAUGUUCUCAACCUCAGACCACUUCACUCUCAGACAGGACAUGUGUGUGGUGUGUGGAAGUUUUGGCCAGGGGUCAGAGGGCAGGCUGCUGGCCUGCUCCCAGUGUGGCCAGUGUUACCACCCCUUCUGUGUCAACAUCAAGAUCACCCGGGUGGUGCUGAGUAAAGGCUGGCGCUGUCUGGAGUGCACGGUGUGCGAGGCGUGCGGCCAGGCCAGCGACCCAGGCCGCCUGCUGCUGUGUGACAACUGUGACAUCAGCUACCACACAUACUGCCUGGACCCACCCCUGCAGACGGUGCCGAAGGGCAGCUGGAAGUGCAAGUGGUGUGUCUCCUGUACCCAGUGCGGUGCCACCUCCCCCGGCAUGAGGUGUGACUGGCAGAACAACUACACCCAGUGCGGCCCCUGUGCCAGCCUGGCAUCAUGCCCAAUGUGCAUGCGCAGCUACCGUGAGGACGAGCUCAUCGUGCAGUGCCGCCAGUGUGACAGGUGGAUCCAUGCCUGCUGCCAGGGCCUGGUCACAGAUGAGGAGGUGGAGAAUGCAGCGGAUGAUGGCUUUGACUGCACCAUGUGUCGAACGCACGCUCUGCCUUCACAGGGCAAAGUGGAGGCCUUCCUAUCUGACGGCUGCGAGGCCCCGAUGGUGGCCCAGAUUGUGUCUAAAACGAGAGAGCCAGAAUUCCAGAAGACAUACACCCAGGAUGGGGUGUGUCUGACCGAGUCUGGCCUGUGCCAGCUGGAGAGCCUGGCAGUGCCCUCCUCAUCCCGCCGAGGGCAGAACAGGCGGCCCAAACCCAAGCUCAAGCUGAAGAUCAUCAACCAGAACAGCGUGGCUGUGCUCCAGACCCCACCGUACCCCCACUACUCAGAGCUGUCCCAGGACGGGGACGGGUACAUGGACGACCUUGGAGAAGGGGAUCUCCUGAUGGACUGUGACUUGAAGUCGGACUCCAGUCCGGAACGGGAGCCUGUCGACGACGACGCAAAGGGGGCCGACGGCAACAAGAAAAGGAAGAGGAAACCUUACCGGCCCGGUAUUGGAGGGUUUAUGGUCCGCCAGAGAAGCCGGACGGGACAAGGGAAAGCCAAGCGAUCCCUAUCCAGGAAAUACUCAACAGGAUUGUUACCUGAGAACCCAAUGUGCAAAGAAGAAGGGUGGAACAAGACGGAGAGUACUCAAGCGGAGGAGACCCCAUCUGUGUCUGAAUGUCUGGAAAAGGUCAAGAAAAGAUACCGCAAAAAGAGAACCAAACUGGAAGAGGAGUUCCCUUCGUACCUGCAGGAGGCUUUCUUUGGAAAGGAGCUGCUGGACAAGAGCAAGCAGAGCAGGCAGGCAGGCCUGGUGACCACAGGGCUCUGUGAGGAGAUCUCAGGGGCCCAUGCAGAGACCAAACCCCGCAGCGUCAACGCCAGCUUUCUGGACCCCUCUUCAGACCCGCUGCUCAGCACUACCUUGACCACCAUACCCAUCUCCAGCAAAGGAGGAGGACUGCCCAAUUCAGAGGAUCCCUUAGUGGACCUUCCGGAAGUCCUGAGCACGGAUGCAGAUCUCCUGGGAAUUCUGUCGGAUGAUCUGGUGGAGCAGGGGAAUGACUCAGGUCUUGAUUUAUGCCCUUUCCAGGUCGACAGCCCUCCUCCUUUUGCUGGUCUGGACAUGGCCCCCAUCUCUGAUGAUCCCAUUGGGUCCUGUCAAGGCUCUGCAGGCCGGGGGCCCAGGGCUCUACAGGAGGAGCCUCUGGAUGUCAUCCUGAGCCCAGAACUGGACAAGAUGGUCGCAGAUGGUGCAAUUCUCAGUAAACUCUACAAAAUCCCAGAGCUGGAGGGGAAGGAUGUGGAAGACCUCUUCACAGCGGUCCUUAGUCCCAGCACCAGCCAGCCUCCACAGCUGUCUCACCCUGGGGCCAGUGGACCUGGAGCCAUGGCCCUUCCAAACCCAGGCGACGGUGGGAUGUUCCCCCGGAUGCCAAUGAUAAACGGCAUGAUGGGGCCCAACCCUCAUUUUCCUCCAACUCCCAUGAUGCCCGGCGGCACAGGCCCCUAUGGCCCCGGCAACUUCUCGCCCAUCCACAGAAUGCCUUUCCAAGAGAAUAUGAGGGACAAGAAGUUUAGCCAGAUGGGGGGUGACGUAGUGGUUCCAUGGAGCGCGCCCGUCCCCGGCCCCCUUUCAGAGGUAGAGACAGACACCAUGUCCAACGCACAGAGGAGCACGCUCAAGUGGGAGAAGGAGGAGACACUGGGCGAGAUGGCCACUGUGGCCCCAGUCCUUUACACCAACGUCAACUUUCCCAACCUCCUAGGGGAGUUCCCAGACUGGGCUAUGAGAGUGAAACAAAUCGCAAAAUUAUGGAGGAAAGCCAGUUCCCAGGACAGGGCCCCAUAUGUGCAAAAGGCACGUGAUAACCGGGCAGCGCUGCGCAUUAACAAAGUUCAGAUGUCCAACGAUACACUGAAGAGACACCAGAAUCCUCACCAGCAGCCGUUGACUGACCCCUUUGACCCCAAUAGUGUCCCAAUGGACGCUGAGCUGCUCUUCAAAGAUACUCUCAAGCCCAAGGAGUCUGAGCACGAGCAGGAGUGGAAGUUCAGACAGGGAGAGUUAAAUCAGAUGUGGGGACCGCUUAAGACGCAGCAGGAAAAGGUCCCAAAAAGCAAAGCCAUAAAAUCAACAAAUAAAGACGUCCUUUUUGGACAUUCCAACCAGGCAACUAUAGCUGCAGGAGGUGGAAAAAUGUCUCUGCAAAUGAGACAAAAGAGCAAGCAGCAGGCGAAGAUCGAAGCUACUCAAAAGCUGGAGCAGGUUAAAAAUGAGCAGCAACAACUCCAGCAGCAGCAACAACAACAGCUGUUUAGCAGUCAGUCAUGUGGAGAUACAACACCUAAUAGUGGGAACCAGAGCCCCAUGACACCUCAGCCCAGCAAUGGUAGAAAGUCUGGAAACUCAUCCCCUCUGCAGCCAAUAGUGUCUAAGGAUGGCUUCGCAAGACCCCAACUUCCAGUCACGCCCACCUCCGGGUCACAGGAUGACGUGUUCCUCAGACCACAGCUCCUACCUCCGUCGUCGAGGACACCCACCCAGGAGACCUCGUACCCGCAGCAGGGACCAUCCUCCGAGCCCCAGUCACCACAGAUGUACUCCCCGAGUUCCUCCUCAGGCUCCCGGCCAUCCUCACCUUGGGACCCCUAUGCCAAAAUUGUGGGCACCCCGAGACCGCCCCCUGGGGAUGGCGGAUCCACCACGCCCCAGCAGAACUCUCUGUCAGAGAUGCAGGAAAGGGGAGGGAGGCGUUCCCCAGCACACGAGUCCUUUGGCUCGCCCACGUCUGGUAAUGCUGACCCUUAUGCUAAGAUGCCAGAUACCCCCAGGCCACCUGACUCGUUAGUGAAACCCAUGGGACCCGCCAGGGUGGGCCCUUCAGGACUUGUUGAGCAGCAGCAAAAGCAGCAGGUCAGGCACAUGAUGAGCCCUCCCUCUGGAGGAGAGGCUUUUGCCAGGAUAGGGGGCCACCGAGCUGAGGUCUACCAGCGCAUGUCUCACAACCGCAUGAUCCUCUCGGACCCCUACUCCAGGCCCUUGCUCACUCCCAUCCCCGGCAGCAAUGAGUCGGGCUCUGUGCCGGUGUUCAAAGCCCCCAUGCCUCCCCAGCAGUCCCAGCAAGAGCCCUACGGUGGCCCUAUGCCUGGGGUACUUAGACGAGGGCCAUCUAAUGGCUUUCCCCAAGGACCACAGGCCGACCCCUAUGCCCAGCAGCCCCUCACCACCCGAUCGCCCAUGGGGGAAGGGUUCCCCAACGAGCCCAGGAUGAUGCGCCAAUCCCAGGAGGGCCAUUUCUCUCAACCCAUGCCAAUGAUGAGACACCCUCACAGAAACUCAUACGCCCAAGCACCAUCCACCCCGAGACCAGAUUAUUCCCAGCAGAUGCCUGACCCUUACGCCCAACCGCCAGGCACCCCCAGACCUCACUCUGAUGGCCAUGCCCAACCUCCCGGCACCCCAAGGCCACACUCAGAUCCUUCAUACCUGCAGAAACCACCUAGCCUUCAUCUAGACCAGUUUCCCCAGCAGCACCCAGCCAAUCGCAGACAGUCUCCAUCUCACUCCACUGAUCCUUAUGCCUCCAUGCCAGGUACCCCCAGACCAGCCCAAGGGGAUAGAUUUCCCAAAUCCCCUGCUAGUCAAAGGAACAUGGACCCCUAUGCCCAACAACCUGGUACCCAUCGGACCUCCAAUGCCAUUCUAUACGCACAGCCCCCUGGAACCCCAAGACCACUCCUCACCGACCCUUACUCCCAAGCUUCAGGGACGCCCCGACCAGGAGCUGGUCCUGACGCCUUCAAUCGACUAGGCUCCAGACCGAUACCCAUGUCCCAACUCCCAGCUGACCCCUUCUCCCACCAGUCUCCGGGCAGGAUGCAGGACACGUUUGCCCAUCCAAGUGCCCGAGACUUUCAGAAAUCGAAGCACCCGGAAAUGUCAGACGAAAGUUUCUCUCUGCCACAGUCGAAUCAUCACGGUGGUCAAACACCGAUUCACGACCCCUUUGAACAGGGUCCAAUGAAACCUUGUGCUCAAGCUUCAGAAAGGCCAGCCCAUGAUAUCCCCCAGUUGAGCAGCAACACUGUUGCUGCUCAGAACAACAUGCAGCCACACCUGGGAGACACUGAGGAGAAGCUCAGACAGCGCCAGAGACUGCGGCAGCUAAUCCUGAGGCAGCAGCAACAGAAGACGGCCAUCCGACAAGAGAAGGGACUUCUACAGGAAGCUGGUGGAGCUACGGGUGCGGUGACCCGUCACUGGUCACAAGAAGAUCCCACCCCUCACAUGUUUGGCAGACCACCACCCCCUUACCCAGGACCCAUGAGGGGCGGCCCCCAAGUUCCCGGGAGUCAAAGGUUCCCUGGUACCUUCCUUGGGGACCAGCGAGGACCCUUCCCCAACGAGGGACAGUUUGCCAUACCCAACUUCCCCAGGGACAUGGACAACAUGGGCUUGAGGCCCCAAGGAAUGAGGUUUGGAUUUCCCUCCGGCCAGGAGCAACAUUUCCUCAGACCCCCUCAGCAGAUGCCCGGCGGGCCCAUGAUCGAUAACAUUCCUCCCCAGAUGAGAAGGUCCCUCUCGGUGGACUUUUCCAGGAGGGACAACCCCCUGAUGGGACUCCCCCAGGACUUCCCUCCACGGGGCCUUACCGUCCAGCAGCACAAUAUCAUGGGUCAGCCGUUCAUUGAGCUCCGCCACCGGGCCCCUGAGAACCGGAUCAAGAACCCCUUUGGGCAUGGACCUCCCGACGUCAUGGACUCCUCCAACCAAACCCAGAGACCACCCCAGUGCUUCAUGGGAGGCCAGGAGAUUGGCUUCGCCAGGAACCAGGGUCCAAGAACGAUGGCUCCCAUGAUGGGCAGACCUUCCCAGGGAUCAGUUGGCCAAAUGCAGAUGUUGGAUAGUAUGGAGAACCUGCACCAGCAGCAGACUGAAGUGCAGGUGACCACUGAACAACAACAGCAUCCUCCACUGAAUAGGUCCCUCAGCCACCCUGUCACUAGUGAGUUACUCAAUGCAGAGCCAUCUGGUGUGCUCUUGCCUGGGUCUAGCACCGGUCAAACGGAGGAGACUCAGAUACCCAGUGGAGACGGAAUCGACGAAAACCUGGACGCUGACGACUCUGCAGUGAAGGACCUCGAAGACGUGGAGGUCGUUGACCUGAACCUGAACCUCGACCCGGAUGAUGGCAAAGACCUGGACCUGGGACCCAAUGACCUGCACCUCGACGACUUCCUCAUGUCUGGGAAGUUUGACCUCAUCGCCUACACGGAUCCUGAGCUCAACCUAGAAGACAAGAAAGACAUGUUCAGUGAAGAUCUCGACCUGGGUGACCCCAUGGAGGAACACCAACAGGGAGAGACCUCGGACCUCCAGAAAGCCCUGUCGGAGAAGAGGAACGCCAGCGGAGACUGCGCAGCCACUUCGUCCCAGUCCGUAGAGAAAUCCGUCAAAUCAGACGGCCAAAUCAGACGGGAGGCCAACAAAUCGAAAGAGACUUUGGACAUAGUCAAAAUAGAGGAAACAAUCAAAACGGAGGUCAAAGAUGGACACAUGCAAAACCAGGACCAGCCACACUGCAGUGGCCGGAUGAAUGACAACAGAACCAUGACUAACCAAGAGGGUGCAGGGCUGUAUGAGCAGCUUGGACAUACAGUCUCGGCUCCGGUCCUCUCCAACCUUCUGGUCAAAGAGAAACUGGAAAACACUGGGUUAGUCCCAACCGGCUCUCCUCAUCAAGGGAACAUAGUUGCCCAGCCAAACCAGGCCACUGGGCUACACCCAAACACAGGCAUGCAACAUGCCCAAGACAACAACAGGCUCAAUCCCAGUGUGGCUAUGGGACAUCGGGUGAACCCUGCGUUGGUUCAGAGCAGGCUUUCAAUGGGAAACCCAAACCACAUCCUAGGGGGGAACCACAGUUUCGGGGCCUCAGUAAACCAGCAGGUGGAGCUAAACCUAGCCAUGGUGGGAGCCAGUCAGCAGCCCACUGCCCAUGGCCUGAACCCCCAGGGCCAGCAAGGCUCCUCGCUGGGGCAGGCGGGCCCACAAAACAGGCCUCUGCUGCUGGACGAGCAGCCCCUCCUACUGCAGGACCUGCUGGACCAGGAGAGGCAAGAGCAGCAGCAGCAGAGGCAGAUGCAGGCAAUGAUCCGACAGCGCUCCAGCGACUCCUUCCCCAACAUAGCAGAUUUUGAUGCCGUUACAGACCCGAUCAUGAAGGCUAAGAUGGUAGCCCUGAAGGGAAUCAAUAAAGUCAUGGCUCAGAACAGCAUGGGAAUGCCCUCAAUAGUCAUUAACAGCAAUGAUCCUCUCAGAAUUCGGCAUACGCCAGGAGCCCAUGGACCAGAUGCUGCUGACACUCUGCCUCCACAUGUGUUUGGACAGGACGGGAAGUUGGCUCCACAGAUGGCGAGACCGAACCCCCCAAAUUUUGGACCUGGAUUUGUCAACGAUGGCAAGAGGAAGCAGUACGAGGAGUGGCUCAAGGAGACCCAACAGCUCCUGCAGAUGCAGCAGAAGUUUCUGGAAGACCAGAUUGGGGCCCACAGGAAAUCCAAGAAGGCCCUGUCAGCCAAACAGCGGACGGCCAAGAAGGCUGGCCGUGAGUUCCCUAAGGAGGACAUCGAGCAGCUGAAGCAUGUCACAGAGCAGCAGAAUGUGGUGCAGAAACAGUUGGAGCAGAUUCGGAAACAGCAGAAAGACCAUGCAGAGCUGAUAGAGGAGUACCGUGUCAAGCAGCAACAGCUAAGUCUACAGGCUCCUAUGAUGCCAGGGAUGCCAGCUCAUGCUGCCCCUAUAAUGCCCAGGGGGCCCCCUUUGGGCCAGCCCAUGAUGGAGCCCAUGAUGACAAUGCAGCCCCACCCCAGCCAGCCUAACCUUGCCCGCAUGCCCAACGUGCCAGGCUGGCACCCUGGGGGAGCCCCAGGACCGAUGGGAGGACCGGGUCCAAGAAUUCCAGCUCAGAUGCCCCCCGCUAGCCCUGCCCAGUUGCACCAGCCCCAGUUACCACCCCAGACCCAACUUCCGCCUCAGCCUCAAUCAGCCUCAAUGGUGCCCGGAGUAAAAGCCACACCUGCAGGCAAAGGAGCAGGUAACGGUGGUGGUGGCAGCAAUAGCCUUGCUGUGAAAUUUGAUGAUAACAAUCCAUUCAGCGAGGGCUUCCAGGAGCGCGAGAGGCGGGACCGCAUGAGGGAGCAGCAGGAGAGACAGCGGGUUCAGCUGAUGCAGGAGGUAGACAGGCACCGGGCCAUGCAGCAGCGGCUGGAGAUGGAGCAGCAAGGCCUGGGCAUGGGUCCCGCUGGGCUCCCACACGGCCCCGGAGCUACUAACCCCAGUGGGGAUAGCCUGGCCCACAUGCCAUUCUACAAUACUGAUCUGCCCCAAGACUUCAUGCAGCCCUCUAGACCUCAACAACAAGCACCACCACAGCAGGGGCAGAUAUGGCCCAUGUUCCCCCAGCAGGGCAACGGGGGCUUCAUGCUGGGGGACGAGCGCAGGCCCAUGCCCAAGACUGGGGCUUUUGGUGGUCCCGAGAUGGGUCCCAAUUUCUGUCCCAAAAACCCCAUGCUGCAGGGGCUCAACUUCCCCUCGGGACUGCCACGUCCCGCCAGAUUCAGAGUCCCUGGGAUGAUGCCCCAGGGUGGGGGCCGAGGCGAGGGACAGGGACUUCCGUUCGGAAUGGACUCAUCCACCCCCCUGCCUCCAAACUACCCCGGCUCAGGCCAGUCCUUGAUCCAGCUCUACUCCAACAUCAUCCCAGAGGAGAAGGUCAAGAAGAAGAGGAACAGGAAGAAGAAGAGAGACUUGGUCGACGACACAGACUCUGUCAAGACCCCGUCCACUCCCCACUCAGACCGCUGCUCCCCGCUGACGCCCUCCCGCGGGUCUGACACCUCAUCCACCCGGAGCCUCAGCAUUCCCUGUGAGCAGGAUCUGUCCGAUCUUUUCCUCCCAGUGGGGUCCUCUGGUUUGGCCCCCUCCACAGAACUGCAGAGGGAGCUCUCAGGCAGCAGCUUAGCCCAGGGUGGCUGCUCCAGCAUGGGCUCUGAGAAUGACCGGGCUCCCCUGUUUGACGAAACCCUCCAAAUCAAGUUGGAGAGCAUAGAGACUGAGUGCAGAAGGGACGAGGCGGCCAACGAGGGGUCGGCCUUGCAGCACGUUCCCCGAGCUGGCGGGACAGUAAAGGUGGAGGAGGGAAGCGAGGGGGGGUUUUCUUCGCCACUCCACGGUGCCAAAGGUGGCGACACAGGGAACGAGCUGCUUAAGCACCUGCUGAAGAACAAGAGCACGCCCCCACCCUGCGCCAAUGCCUACCAGACCCUUCCCACACAGCAGAUAUCCUGUGACAAACUGCGCUCAGAGCAGGAGGACUCAUCAGACCGCAAAGCCACUGCCAGGCCGGCCUUCACCACCAACAACAUGACUCCCCGGCGCAGUCAGCUGACAGGAAGCACCGAGCUCCUAGAACCCUCGGUGCCGGAGCAGGGCAAGAGGAAGCAGCAACGCAACAAACUGAUGCAUAAAAACGGCAUGGAGAAACCACCAUCGCGCUACAAGAGGAGGAAGAAGGAGGAAGAGGAGAAGCCGAUUGGUUAUUCCAGUACUGACACUCUGAUGACCCAGCUCAAACAGCAGCUUUCCCUGCUGCCCCUGAUAGAGCCUCUGAUGGUGGUCAACUUUGCUCACUUUCCCCCCUUCGGCAGCGGGCAGCUGAACGGGGAGAACAGCCUGUCAGGAUCCUUCGGCAGCGGGCAGCUGAACGGGGAGAACAGCCUGUCAGGAUCCUUCGGCAGCGGGCAGCUGAACGGGGAGAACAGCCUGUCAGGAUCCUUCGGCAGCGGGCAGCUGAACGGGGAGAACAGCCUGUCGGGAUCCUUCGGCAGCGGGCAGCUGGGCGGCGUGUCAGACUACUACUCCCAGCUCAUCUACAAGCGGAACAACUUGAGCAACCCGCCCACCCCUCCAGCAUCACUCCCUUCCACGCCGCCCCCUGUAGCGAGGCAGAAGAUGGUCAACGGGUUUGCCACGGCCGAGGAUCUUACCAAGAAAGCUGCCAUCUUGGGUGGCCACGAUGGCCUGAAAGCCAAGCAGCUACCUACAGCGUUCCGAACAGAAAAAGACCUGCUGGCCCAUGCCAUCACCCAGGGGCCCAAGACGGUGGACGUCCCCGCUUCACUCCCCACACCACCCCACAACAACCAGGAGGAACUCAGGAGCCAGGACCACUGUGCGGACAGGGAUACCCCUGAUAGCUUCGUCCCCUCCUCGUCCCCCGAGAGUGUGGUCGGCGUGGAGAUCAGCCGCUACCCCGACUUGUCAAAUGUCAAGGAGGAGCCCCCCUCCCCUUGCUCCUCCCCUGUAAUUCCCAUGCUGCCUAGCGCCAGCGGGAAAGGGACUGAGAUUAAGCGAGAGGUCAAGACUGAACCCUCAAGCUCCUUUUUCGGCUCCCAGUUCAGACCGGCUCCCUCCUGCUCCAAAGCUGGCCUGGUAUCCAUAGCUAUCACCUUGAAUCCGGUCGCAGCGGAGAACAUCCCUGGCAUGGUGGCUGCGGUAGCCGACCUGCUGUGUGUGAACAUACCCGUUAGCUACGAGGUGAGCCGCGGCCCUGAGCGUAGCUCCCUGGCCCUGCUGGCUGGAGUCAAGGUGCCUCAGACCCAGGGUGUGGACCCCCACCACGCGGCCAUGUUCCCCCAGCAGCCCCCCGCAAUGAGGUUCCUGAGACCCCCCGGACUGCCCACUCAUCCCGGAAUUAGCCAGCAGCCACCUACCAGCGCUGGUCCGUCUGCCAGGGGAGAUGGACCUAAACCCCAGUGGUGCUGGAACUGCAAGGUGCUGGUUCUGGGAAACGGAGUCCGCAAGUCCACCAAAGACCUACCCUGCAGCAAACGGGAGAGACCGAACCAUGCGGGGAGCAGCAUGGUCUUCUGUAGCCAUAACUGUUUCGUCCUCCACGCCACUGCCACACAAUCCAAAGCCAUGGACAGUAAGCCAAACAUGUCUCCUCUCUUGCCUGAGUCGUCAGUCAAAGAGAGCCUGUCCAAGGUGCUCCACCAGUAUAGUAACAACAUGUCCACACUGGACGUCCACUGCCUGGCCCAGCUGCAGCCCAAACAGUCGCCCCCCUCCAGUCCCCAUCCCAUCUCCUUCCCCUCUGAGAAACCCAAGCCGGACACUCUCAAGGUGACGGUCAAGUUCAAGCAAAGGCCCAGGGCGGUCCACUCAGCCAGCGGGGGAGGUGAUAUGUCGCCGCACCACCACAAGCGCUGGAAGGGCCUGCGUUGGCGCAAGUGGAGCGUACACAUUGUGGUUCCCACUAGGAGAACCCUGCUUUCCUCUCUUCCCGGUGAGGACGAGAUGGACAAGCUGCUGAGGAAGCUGGGCGCCUCUCUGCGUCCUGAUCCCCUUCCCCGCGACCUUCGACGUUGCUGCUUCUGUCACGAGGAGGGCGACGGUGUGACGGACGGGCCCGCCCGGCUCCUCAACCUGGACCUAGACUUGUGGGUGCACCUUAACUGCGCACUGUGGUCAUCGGAGGUAUAUGAGACGCAGGCAGGCGCUCUUAUCAACGUGGAGCUGGCGUUACGGCGGGGCAUGGCAGUGCGCUGCGCCUACUGCCAGCAGACUGGCGCCACCAGCCGCUGCCACCGGUUGCGCUGCGCCAAUGCCUACCACUUCACAUGCGCCCUCAAGGCCCAGUGCACCUUCUUCAAGGACAAGACCAUGCUGUGCCACCUGCACCGGCCCCGGGGCAGCGACAGGGCCGUGGCACCCGCCACUAACCACGAGCUGCGCUGCUUCGCAGUGUUCCGCCGUGUCUACGUGCAGCGUGAUGAGGCGCGGCAGAUGGCCAGCAUCAUGCAGCGUGGCGAGCACCAGCACACGUUCCGUGUGGGCAGCCUGGUGUUCCACACUGUGGGUCAGCUUCUUCCCCAGCAGAUGGCCGCCUUCCACUCGGCCAACGCCAUCUUCCCCGUGGGCUACCGGGCCAGCCGCAUCUACUGGAGCACUCGUCACGGCAACCGCCGCUGCCGCUACCUGUGCUUGGUGGAGGAGAAUGAGGGCCGGCCGGAGUUUGUGGUGCGGGUGAUGGAACAGGGCUACGAUGACCUGGUGCUCACCGGCGCCUCACCCAAAGCUGUCUGGGACAAGAUUCUGGAACCUGUGGCUGAGCGGCGUAAUGAGUCUGGAACUCUGAAACUGUUCCCUGUCUACCUGAAGGGAGAGGACCUGUUUGGAUUCACUGUCACUGCCGUCACCAGGAUCGUGGAAUCGCUCCCUGGAGUGGAGGCCUGUGAAAGUUACACUUUCCGUUUUGGACGGAACCCUCUGAUGGAUCUCCCCUUGGCCAUCAACCCAACUGGCAGUGCCCGCUCGGAACCCAAGACCUGCACGCAUGUUAAGAGGUUGGUGUUAAGAUCUCACACUUUGUCCAGCACCGGCGGCUCCUCUAAGUCCAUGCAGAUGGUUGGCAGUGUGGGUGUGGUGGAAGCAACAGAAGAGGUGACCCCCAAGCAGUUUGCAUCCGUCCCCUUCCAGUACCGACGCAUGAAGGCAGAGUGGAAGAGCAAUGUGUACCUGGCGCGCUCCCGCAUUCAGGGGUUGGGUCUGUACGCCGCCAGGGACAUUGAGUCCCACACCAUGGUGAUUGAGUACAUCGGCACCCUCAUUCGCAACGAGGUCGCCAACCGGAUGGAGAAGAUGUAUGAAUCCCAGAACCGUGGAGUCUACAUGUUCCGCCUGGACAGUGAGCAUGUCGUCGACGCCACCAUAACAGGCGGACCAGCAAGAUAUAUCAACCACUCCUGUGCCCCGAACUGCAUCACUGAGGCUGUGAGCUUGGAAAGAGGUGUUAAGAUCGUCAUCAGCUCCUGCCGUAAUAUCCAGAGAGGAGAGGAGCUGUGUUAUGACUACAAAUUUGACCUGGAGGACGACCUGCAUAAGAUCCCUUGCCACUGUGGUGCAGUUAACUGUCGGAAAUGGAUGAACUAGAAAAGAGUUGCGGCAAAAGACGGGCAAUGACACUUUAAAAUUACACACACGUGCAUUCCUUAUAGGCUUGUUGGUUGAUACGCUGUUACUUUAAAAAAUAAUAAUCGGGGGGAAAAGACUGACCGCAGAACUGUUAGAGGAAUCAAAAGGCAGAAAGACUAUUUUUAUAAAGGCAGUGAGCUGAGUCUUUCACUCAGCAAAAAAGAGUAGAGAUGGAUUUUUGUUAAUAUUAAAAAGUGUGAGAGGGGAUUGGGGCUGGGGUAGAAUUCACCAGUUGACCAGGAGAGUUUUGUGCUGGCCACCGCCUUAUUUAGUUAGAGAGGCAGGUCCUCCGGAUUAAGAAAUAUAUACAUAUAUAGUUACAGAAAUGUAGACGCCACUGAACAAGGAAUGUACAGAGAGGACUUCCUUAGGGACAAAGCUAAGGGAUUAUUAACUUGCACUAAAAACAAAAAAAUAGUUAAAUACUUGAUUCCAUGAGUCAGUUUGUUUUUGAUUUAUGUAAAAUAAGAGAUUUUUUUCGUAUUUAUUAUCAAAUGAAGUUAUUUUUUUAAAUGAGGAGAGCCACCGGCAAACUGCAGCCCAGUCUAAUCAGAACGUGUUACUAUAUACAAUGUGUAUAUAUCUGUAAAAAAGGAAAGACAAAAUUAAGUAAAUAAUCAGCCAAAUGCUACCUAAGCUUCAUGGCUGUUUGGAUGAUUCUUUAGUUGUUUUUUUUCAACAAAAAAAGUAUUUAAGAAGGAUAUCAUUGUGUAAAAGUAUUUUUGUUUUAUUUAGAAUGUAGUUGCGUUGUCUAAAAUUAUGACCACUUGAAGAAUGUUUUCGGUUUCUUUAAUUUUACAACAAUUUCUUUGCAUUGACAUGCGCAAUCUAAGAAUUGCACAGAGCACCAAUCAGAGACGGUUACAUCGGAACCCUUAGUUAAUCAGAUUUGAACGUAUAAUUAGAGAACUGAAUUUAGGUUGGAAACCACCCACACCAUCGGUUGGCUUCUUUAACUGUAUCAUACGCACAGUAGUCUGAUUUACCUCAUGCAGUUAAUUAACAGACAUGUUUAAAAAAUGUCUUUCACUUACCAUUUGCAGGAGACUCCAUUAUGCUUUUGACAAUUUGUUGUUUACAUUUCUUUUGAAGAAGAAACGUGCUGGCUCGUUGAGAAUUUUUUUUAUGAUUUACUUCGACUCAAUCACAAAAGUCAAUCUGGUACUAGCAUUUUUCUGACCAGUAUGAAAUGAAGUUGUGUGCACAAAAGUCGGUAUAAACAGUACAUGGUAUGUAUGUUUUCAAAUUGUACAUAAUUUUCCCUCGUACAAUAUUCAGACCUCUAACAGUAUGUGUCUUUUCUUUGUCCUGUAUAGUAGUAUCUAAUGUAAGAAAAAAAAAUGGAAGGCUUUUUAAAGUAUACAGAGUGUGAUGGGUUGUGGAAUCAGAUCAUUUACAAAAAAUAAAAUAUUUUACAUCUGAAAUUGGCUAUUUCCUUUAUCUCAAUUCCGUGCCACUUCUCUACUGUGGGAGGAAAUGGAGCAAACUUUAAUGUCAAU